AUGGUGUAUGGACAGGUCCUCCACAGGUUUGGGGUGCAGGGUAAAGAAAUUAAUCUGAACGUGGGGGGUUUCAGGCAUAUAAUGGAGCACGACACACUCCUCCGCUUCCCACACACACGACUGGGUCGUCUGCUGGGCUGCCGGUCUGAAAAAGCCAUCCUGGAGCUCUGUGAUGACUACUGUCCCACAAACCAGGAGUUCUACUUUGACAGGAACCCUCGUGUCUUCCACUGUGUCCUCAACUUCUACCAUACGGGCCAGAUCCACAUGAUGGAGGAGUUCUGUGUGUUCUCUUUUAGCCAGGAGAUUGAAUAUUGGGGUAUUGAGGAACUCUACAUGGGUUCCUGUUGCAGUAUUCAGUACCAGGAACGCAAGGAGUAUAUAGAGGACAGGGACUGGGACCUAAGAAGCGAUGAGCAACAGCCCAGCUUUGAUUCCUCCUUUGAGGAGCUGUCUGCCAUGGACAAGGACCUGGAAAGGUUUGACGGCACAUGGUGCGCAAACCUCCGGCGCGAAAUCUGGCUUCGACUGGAGGACCCUGGGCAUUCGGUCUCUGCAAAAGUAAUCAUGGUGGCCUCGCUUAGUGUCGUGCUGACGUCAAUCGCUGCCAUGUGUGUUCACAGCAUGCCCGAGUUCCAGCACCUAGAUUCUUACAAUAGGCCAGUCGAGGACCCGACGCUGGCUGUCCUUGAGAUCGCCUGCGUGAUCUGCUUCUCUGCUGAGUUUUGCAUAAGGCUUGCUGUUGCCCCAUGCCUGAGAAAGUUCCUGGGAAAUCCCCUGAAUGUCAUUGACUUCACCUCAAUUUUACCAUUCUAUGCAACGCUGGCAUUUGAAAUGGUGGGCAACGGGAAUGAGGAAGAGAACGAGAACCUGGAGAAUGUUGGCAAGGUGGUGCAAGUCCUGCGACUGAUGAGGGUCUUCCGCAUCUUGAAGCUGGCCCGUCACUCUGUGGGUCUACGUGCCCUGGGGGCCACCGUGAGACAUAGCUACCAUGAGGUUGGACUUCUUCUUCUCUUCCUUUCUGUUGGGGUUUCCAUCUUCUCUGUACUUAUAUAUUCAGUGGAGAGGGAGGAGGACAGGUCACAGCUGGGCACUAUUCCUGUAGCCUGGUGGUGGGCUACCAUCACCAUGACAACUGUGGGCUACGGUGAUGCGUGUCCAGUGACGCCAGCAGGGAAACUGGUUGCCUCCCUGUGCAUCAUCUGUGGGCUGCUUGUGGUGGCUCUGCCAAUCACCAUCAUCUUCAACAAGUUCUCUAAAUACUACCAAAGAAGCAAAGUAAUGGAUGUUGAGCCUUGUGAAAAUAGUGCUGUUGCCCAAGAUCCUAAAUUUCAAUACUGUGAUAUUGGUGACCCAUUUGCUCAGAAGAUGCACUCUUUCUUUGGAACUUUCCCCUCAGUGGGCAUUGAGGGUUCUGUGGUAGAUGAUACCGAUGCACUAAGUAUCCCAGAAACUGAAGUGGCAUUUGGACUAGUCAUGCUUCAAAAUGGGGAUAUCAAGUAA